GGCGCUGGUAGCGGCGGAAGCGGAAGCCGGCAGCGCCGGGUGGCCUUCCUGCGGGCCGGGCUGUACCGUACCGUACCGUGGCGCGCCGGCAUGGGCGAGAGCACCAGCCCCAUCAGCGUUAUCCUGGUGAGCUCGGGCAGCCGCGGCAACAAGCUGCUGUUCCGCUUCCCCUUCCAGCGCGGCGCCGAGCACCCCGCCGCACAGGCCAAUAAACCGAGGAGUCGAUACGCUGUGAACGGCUCUGGUGACACUACAGAAGAUCCAGAUGGGGACUCCAGAGACCAAUGUCCUCUAACUGAUGAGCAAUUGGUUUCGGGGUUUUCGGAUGUCAUCCUGGCAACAAUUUUGGCUACCAAGUCAGAUAUGUGUGGCAAAAAGUUUGAACUGAAGAUUGAUAAUGUUCGCUUUGUUGGCCAUCCCACAUUGCUUCAGCAUGCCCUUGGGCAGGUAUCCAAAACAGAUCCCUCACCGAAGAGAGAGAUGCCCACAAUGAUUCUCUUCAACGUGGUGUUUGCACUAAGGGCCAAUGCAGAUCCAUCUGUGAUAAACUGCUUACACAAUCUUUCCCGAAGAAUUGCCAUAGUCUUGCAGCACGAGGAGCGCCGCUGCCAAUACCUGACCAGGGAGGCCAAGCUGAUCUUAGCUAUUCAGGAUGAAGUGUCUGCCAUGUCAGAAACCACAGAAGGGCCACAGUCACCUUUUCAUCACAUCCUACCCAAGUGCAAACUGGCCAGAGAUCUCAAAGAGACAUAUGACAGUCUCUGCACAACAGGGGUGGUCCGUUUACAUAUCAACAACUGGCUGGAAGUGAGUUUCUGCCUGCCUCAUAAAAUCCAUUAUGUUGCCACAAACUUUAUACCCCCUGAAGCAAUUGAGAGAAGCCUGAAAUCCAUCAGGCCCUACCAUGCCUUAUUACUUUUAAAUGAUGAGAAGUCAUUGCUUAAUGAGCUCCCGUUGGACUGUUCUCCUGCCCUGGUGAGAGUAAUUAAAACUACCUCUGCUGUGAAGAAUUUGCAGCAACUGGCUCAAGAUGCUGACUUGGCAUUGCUGCAGGUUUUCCAGCUUGCAGCACAUCUCGUUUACUGGGGAAAAGCAAUUAUUAUUUAUCCACUGUGUGAAAACAAUGUCUACAUGCUUUCUCCAAAUGCCAGUGUCUGUCUUUACUCUCCUUUAGCAGAUGCAUUUUCUUGUCAGUUCCGGGGGCACAACCUGCCAUCAAUGCUUUCCAAGUUCUCCCUUCCAGUGUCACUCUCAGAGUUCAAGAACCCACUCGCGCCGCCUGUUCAGGAGACUCAGCUCAUUCAAAUGGUGAUAUGGAUGCUCCAACACCGGCUUCUUAUUCAGCUUCACACUUACGUCUGUCUGAUGGUGCCACCAAAUGAGGAGGAUUUCCGAGCCCAAGAUGAAGACAUGCCUUUUACAGCCAGAGUUGGAGGCCGAAGUUUAAGCACCCCCAACGCCCUCAGCUUUGGCUCUCCAACUAGUAGUGAUGACAUGACUCUGACAAGCCCUAGCAUGGAUAAUUCCAGUGCUGAGUUGAUACCUGGUGGGGACUCACCCCUAAAUAAAAGGAUGACGGAGAAUCUCCUAGCAAGCUUGUUGGAACAUGAGCGGGAAGCUAUCCUUAAUGUCCCUGCUGCCCAAAAUCCAGAAGAUCUUCGCAUGUUUGCAAGGCCUGAGGACAAACGUGGGAUGAUGUCGGAGGCGCGACACGACAGCACAAGCAGUUUACAGCGGAAGAAGCCACCAUGGUUGAAACUGGACAUCCCGGUGCCGGUGCCUGUGUCGGUGCCAGAAGAGCCCCAGCCUGUGCAGCCCACGAGACGCCAGGCCUUUCUGCGAAGUGUGAGCAUGCCAGCUGACAACACGCGCGUGCCCUCCCUGCCCAACGAGGUGAGGAGACCGGUGCUACAACGGCAGACCUCUAUCACCCAGACCAUCAAGAGAGGCACAGCGGACUGGUUUGGGGUGAGCAAAGACAGUGACGCUACUCAGAAAUGGCAGAGAAAGAGCCUCCGCCACUGCAGUCUGCGGUAUGGGAAGCUGAAACCUCAGGUCAUCCGAGAAAUGGACUUGCCCAGUCAGGACAAUAUUUCUCUAACAAGCACAGAGACUCCUCCUCCACUGUAUGUUGGACCCUGCCAGCUGGGCAUGCAGAAGAUCAUAGACCCCUUGGCCCGCGGCCGAGCUUUCCGUAUGGCUGACGACAAUGAUGGCUUCAGCAUCCCCCACACACCGAUCACACCCGGUGCCACGUCGCUCUGCUCCUUCACCAGCUCCCGCUCAGGGUUCAACCGCCUUCCACGGCGACGGAAACGGGAAUCUGUCGCUAAAAUGAGUUUCCGAGCAGCUGCAGCUUUGGUGAAGGGGCGCUCAGUGAAGGACAGCACCCUGAGGAGAGCUCAGCGGCGCAGCUUCACCCCAGCAAGUUUCCUGGAGGAGGACACGGUGGAUUUUCCAGACGAGCUCGAUACUUCUUUCUUUGCUCGGGAAGGAGUCCUUCAUGAGGAGCUCUCUACUUACCCAGAUGAAGUGUUCGAGUCACCAUCAGAAGCUGCAAUCAAAGAUGCAGAGGUGAAACCUCAGGAUCAGACAGAUCUCACAGGAGGUGCCUUGGACAAAAACGAGCUUGAAAGAAGCCACUUGCUACUCCCACUGGAGCGGGGCUGGAGGAAACAGAAGGAUGGGGCCCUGGCACAGCCCAAGGUCCGCUUGCGGCAGGAGGUGGUGAGUGUCAGCCCACAGAAGCGUGGCCAGCGCAUCGCCGUCCCUGUCAGGAAGCUCUUUGCCAAGGAGAAGAGGCCGUAUGGCCUGGGCAUGGUGGGGAAGCUGACAAACCGCACGUACCGCAAGCGCAUCGACAGCUAUGUCAAGCGGCAGAUCGAGGACAUGGAUGAUCACAGGCCUUUCUUCACUUACUGGGUCACCUUUGUGCAUUCACUCAUCACCAUUCUCGCUGUGUGCAUCUACGGCAUCGCCCCUGUGGGGUUCUCGCAACAUGAAACUGUUGAUUCAGUCUUACGGAACAGAGGGGUUUAUGAAAAUGUCAAAUACGUUCAGCAGGAAAACUUCUGGAUCGGCCCCAGCUCAGAGGCCCUGAUCCACCUAGGGGCCAAGUUCUCACCUUGCAUGAGGCAGGACCAGCAAGUGCACAGCUUCAUCAGCGCCAAGCGGGAGAAGGAGAAGCACUCUGCUUGCUGUGUGCGGAAUGACAAGUCAGGCUGUGUGCAGACCUCGGAGGAGGAGUGCUCGUCCACACUGGCCGUGUGGGUGAAGUGGCCCCAUCACCCCAGCACACCAAUGUUGGCAGGAAACAAGAGGCAAUUUGGGUCUGUUUGUCAUCAGGACCCCAGGGUGUGUGAGCAGCCAGCCUCGAUGGAGCCGCAUGAGUGGCCAGAUGACAUCACCAAAUGGCCGAUCUGCACAAAAAACAGUGCUGGGAAUUACACCAACCACCUUCACAUGGACUGCGUGAUUACAGGCCGGCCCUGCUGCAUUGGGACCAAAGGAAGGUGUGAAAUAACCUCCCGGGAGUAUUGUGAAUUUAUGCGUGGCUAUUUCCAUGAGGAGGCAACACUCUGCUCUCAGGUGCACUGCAUGGAUGACGUCUGUGGGCUCCUCCCUUUCCUAAAUCCAGAAGUCCCUGACCAGUUCUACCGCCUCUGGCUCUCACUUUUCCUCCAUGCUGGGAUCCUGCACUGUCUGGUUUCAGUCUGUUUCCAAAUGACGAUCCUGCGGGACCUAGAGAAGCUGGCAGGAUGGCAUCGCAUCUCUAUCAUCUACCUUCUCAGUGGCAUCACUGGGAACCUUGCCAGUGCAAUAUUUCUACCCUACAGAGCAGAGGUUGGCCCUGCAGGAUCCCAAUUUGGGAUUCUGGCCUGCCUCUUUGUGGAGCUCUUCCAGAGUUGGCAAAUCCUGGCACGCCCAUGGAGGGCUUUCUUCAAGCUGCUGGCUGUGGUGCUCUUUCUUUUUGCAUUUGGCCUCCUGCCUUGGAUUGACAAUUUUGCUCACAUUUCAGGAUUUAUCAGUGGUUUCUUCCUCUCCUUUGCCUUCCUGCCCUACAUUAGCUUUGGGAAGUUUGAUUUAUAUAGGAAGCGAUGCCAAAUUAUAGUUUUCCAGCUCAUCUUCAUUGCACUCUUCUCAGGACUCGUGAUUCUGUUCUAUUUCUACCCCAUCAAGUGCGAGUGGUGUGAGUUCCUCACCUGUAUACCAUUCACAGACAAAUUCUGCGAGAAAUAUGACCUGGAUGCACAGCUCCACUGAAAGGCAAAGGCUGGCUUCUCGAGCAGGCACUGGAGAUGGAUGUCUUUGCGUUUGCUGUGCCAGUUCCAUGUGGACAAAGCCUCUAAUCCAAUGACACUUCUAACCCUGCCCGUGGUUAAUUUAAACUGUCUCCUUAGCACUUGGCAGGCAUGUUUUUGCCUUAUCUCAGAAGACUCUGAAAACGGAACAUUUGUGCCUUGUUCAAUUGUAUUGAACCUUUUCUGCUGCCAUUAUUUUUAUUACACUAGUUUCAAUACUACAUUUUUAACCAGAGUUGUUUACUACUGCUAAGGUGGUGAUUAAAUGGUAAGGUAGCGUUUUAGCUACUGUUAAUUGUUCUGCAUAGUCUGUGGCUAUGUUUGUUACUUUAUCUCACCUGUGCUGUUUCAUGUACCACUAGAAUCAAUCCUUUCUAGCAUCCCACAAAUCUGCAGCUGGAAAUAAGAGCCUUAAAAGCCUCAGAAAAAAAAGAGAGUCUCUUUAAUCACUGCAAGUGCACUCCACUUACAGCUCAGAGGCAGACAUUUCAAAUAGCAACUGCAAAAAACCAUGUGAGAAUGUCCAUUUCAACUGGAGUUUGUUUCUCUUUGACAUGAUACCACCUUUCUCCUCCAGGAUAGUGCCGGAUCCCCACGCUGCUCUUGAUAGGGCUGGAUUCUCUGCACUCUGUGUUAGAGAAAGAAAAUAUCUGGCAGUGACAAUAGUUUCUGCAUGCUGGGCUCUCUUAUCACCACACCACCAGUGAGGUGGAUCAGCCAGUGACAUAGGUGACUGCUGGGCACAGGCACCAUGCGGCAGAUGGCUUCUGUUACACAUUUUAUUACACUGGAUGUUGCAAAUGUGGCAGUGUUGAAAGAAGAAAAAAGGUUACUGUGGUCACAAAAGCAACAGUUUCUAACCCAGGUACCUGGAGCCACAAAACAAAAACCCAAGCAUUUGGAAAAGCUGCUCUUGCCACUGCUCUUCAGACACUGUGACUGUGUUUUCAGAUGUGGAGGGGAAGCACAGAUAAUUUUAAAAUAACUAAGCUUGAGUCUUGGCCACAUCUUGUGUUUGUGUGCACAACUUUAUAAAAUAGCAGCAUAAUGCCAGAAUCAUGUCUGUAUAGAUUACAAACAGGUAAAAAUACAUGCUACUAGUGCUUCCUGUUCUUAAA